AUGCAUCGUUAUGAAUCUGCCUCUCGCUGGGCCAGAACGAAAGAUGCCUUCACCUCCUGGCGGGCCUUUCAUGAUGCCAUCCGGCUGAAGAGCGCCUCUUCAAUGCUCGCCAAUGAGGAUCUGCUACCAUCACCUCCUGAACGACAGACAUGGACGGUGUGGAAUUUCUUUGCGUACUGGUGGAGCGAGUCCUGGGCCGUAUCAACCUGGAGCAUCGGGUCUUCUCUCAUCGCUCUAGGCGCAACAGUGCGAGAUGCCUUACUGGUCGUGCUGUUCGCGAACAUCCUGUCGUCCGUCGUCAUUGUUCUCAAUGGCCGCGCCGCUGCUCGAUACCAUGUUGGCUAUCCCGUGCUCGCGCGAGUCACGUUUGGAAUAUACGGAUCCUAUUUCUUUGUCGUCUUGCGAGCCAUCUUAGGUAUUAUAUGGGGUGGUGUGCAGCUGUAUUUCGAAGGCCAGUUUAUUUCAAUUUGCCUUCGAUGCAUCUUCCCUAGCUGGACGAGCCUUCCGAAUAAAAUCCCAGCGAGCCAAGAAAUAACCACACAAGUCAUGGUUGGAUUCUUCCUCGCAUUCGUCUUCACACUACCGCUGAUGUUCAUCCACACAUCGAAAAUCCGGCACUUGUUCAGCCUCAAAUCCAUCAUCUUCCCUCUCGCCGCCCUGGGAGUGGUAUGCUGGGCGACAACCGCGAAUGGGGGGGUAUCAUCCAACAAACUUAUCGACGCAUCCCUCCGCUCGUCGUCCCCCUCAGUCUUUGCAUGGGGCAUCGUAUCCCAAUUCAACUCCGUCAUGGGUGCCAAUUCCGCCCUCCUCGUCACUGUACCGGACCUCGCGCGCUACUCACGCACGAAAAACGCCCAGUUAUACGGGCAAGUGCUCGGCCUACCCAUCGCGCAAACCAUCUGCGCUGCUUUCGGCAUCAUCGCCACCUCAGCCGUGCACAACAUGUACGGCGAGGCGUACUGGAAUCCGUACGACCUGCUGAAUAGUGUAUUGGAUCAUUCGUAUACGUCCCGCUCCCGCGCGGGCAUCUUCUUUGCCGCUGCUUCCUUUGCGUUUGCGACAAUGGGCACGUCGGUGGCCUGCAACAUCGUCCCAUUUGCAGCCGACGUGACCUGUUUGGCGCCGAAAUAUGUGAAUAUUAUACGCGGCCAGUUUAUCUGCCUGAUUAUCGCCUUUGCGAUUGUUCCAUGUUUUCUGAGCGGAUACUCGAUCUUCCAAGGCUCCGUCGUGGCGAUUAUGAGCGUCGACUACUUUCUUAUCCGGCACGGCAACCUGUAUCUCAGCGACAUGUUCACGGCAUCGCGGCUUGGACGGUACUACUACAGCUACGGCGUGAACAUGCGCGGGAUAGCGGCGUUCAUCAUCGGCUUCGUGCUUCCUCUCCCGGGUUUCGUGGGGAGUUUCGGUACUGUUAGUGUUAGUGCCGCCGCCACGCACAUGUUCAAUCUCGGCUGGUUGUUGAGUUAUUUUGUUGGCGGGGUUUCGUAUGCCGUGAUAUGUUUCGCGACGGCCAGGAGUAUGAUGAAGGGUAGCAGGGAGGCCCCUUUUGAAGGGAAUGUGCCGCAUCAUAUCGAGACGGGGUCGGGGCAUGAUCGGUUGAUAGUUGAUGGCAUGGAGAUUGUUGGAUUGGCCGAUCAUGAGCAUGAGCAUGGCCCUGAGGGAUUGUGCUCUACCUGA